ACUGUCUGUGCUGUGCAGCAGUAUUUCAAUUUGAAAAUAAAAACAUUUUUAAAUCUUUUUAAUUAAAUUGGUGAAUAUUAUCAAAAAAUGCGCCAUUGUGUUUUGAGAUGCCUUUUAGAUUCUCAUGCACCAAUUACAUUAGGCCACAACGUAGAAGUUUUAGUUGGUCGGAGCAAAAUUACAAAAAUUAAAGAUCAGUCUUGUUCUCGUCAGCAAUUAAAACUCAUAGCAGAUUGUGAAGAAUGUUCUGUAGAAAUUACACAACUAGGGAUAAAUCCAUCUGGCCUUGAUGGAUUUGCUCUGAAGAGAAAUUUGCCCUACAGAGUUGGUCAUGGAAGCAAACUUGAAGUACUGUUUAAUCAUUAUAUUCAUUUAAUUGAGUUUAUUCCACCACCAGAAGGAUGUGAAACAACAAAAAAUUGCAAUAAAAGAAAAUUGGAUACUGAUGAUAUAUCCAAACAAAAUAAAAAACUAAAAGCAGAAAUGGAACACACAGAUAAUAUACAAUGCAAAGAAACAGAUGAAGCUAUAUGGGAAGAAAUAGAUAAUGGAGAACUGUACAUAUUUACACCUAAAGGUGUUAGAUCCAGCAAUAAAAUUGCUGCUUUUGACAUGGAUGGCACCGUGAUCCAGACUAAAUCUGGAAAAGUACAUCCAGUUGACAUAAAUGAUUGGAAAAUAGCAUUUCCCAAUGCAGCAGAGAAAUUAAAAGAACUUAGAAUUCAAGGUUACAAAAUAAUAAUAUUGAGUAAUCAAGCUCCAAUAGGCAAUGGAAGAGUAAAAAUAGAUGAUUUUAAGAAAAAAAUUGAAGGUAUUUUAAAUAAACUGGAUGUGCCAAUUCAAGUAUUUCUGGCCACAGGCAAAAGUAUUUAUAGAAAACCAACAACUGGCAUGUGGAAGAUUUUAACAGAAAAGAAAAAUGAUGGUAUAAUAAUAGCAAAAGAUGAUAGUUUCUACUGUGGUGAUGCUGCUGGUAGAGUGGCCAACUGGGCACCAGGUAAAAAAAAGGAUCAUUCCAUGGCAGACAGAUUAAUGGCAGAAAAUUUGGGUUUGAAAUUCUAUACACCAGAACAAUUUUUCCUUGGACAUUCUAUUACUAAUGUUCCUAUGAGUAAUCCUGAAUUUACACCUAAGGAAGUAAAAGCAGAACCAUUCAACAACAAUUUAAUUAGUGCACAACAGGAGAUACUUGUUCUAGUUGGAUUCCCUGGUAGUGGUAAAUCAUUUUUGUCCAAGCAAAUUGAGGAGAAGUCCAAUAAUAAAUAUGUAGCUGUGUGUAGAGAUAUAUUAGGUACUUGGCAAAAAUGUGCUUCUGAAGCAACAAAAUUGCUAGAGUCAUCAUCAGUCAUCAGUCCUCAAGGACUUUUAUCAAUUUUGUUGCAUGCGGAAUGACUUUAGGAGAGAAGAGGCCAGUGCCUCAGCUUCCCAGCUAAACAACAUUAUGUCUUCUGAGUCUGUUAGUUAUAUUCAACGUAUCUAGCAAUUCGUUGGCCAGUGGGUUUGGGUGCAUGGUUAGUCGUUGGAAGUGUCUUUCCUUGCAGCCUUGUAUUUCUUCUAUUAUAGUGGCAAUAUUUGGGUACUCAUGGAUUUCGCUGUUUCGUGAGUACCAUGGUGCGUUUGGUAUGGUACCAUGUUUCGGAGAAUUCCGUUUUGAGCUCUUUGAAGGCACAUUAUGUUGCUGUUACUGGCCACUCCCCAUAAUUGAAUACCGUAAGUCCAUACAGGUUUAAAUAUAGAAUUGUAAAGAAGCAGUUUGUUGUCCACUGUGAGAACUGAAUUCCGUCCCAUCAGCCAAUAAAGGUUUUUAAACUUUUAUGUUUAUCUGGUCACACUUCUGUUUGAUGUGUGUUUUCCAAGUUAACCUUUUGUCCAGAUUAAAACCCAGAUACUUGACACAGUCGGUCUCAGGUAUAUCAUUGUUGCCUAGUUUUACUCCAGGGCAAUUUCCUCUCCUUAAAGUAAAGUUGAUAUGAUGCGAUUUGUGUGCACUGGCGCGGAUACGCCACUUGAGCAUCCAGGUGUUAUCUCUGUCCAGCAGUGACUGAAGUUUAGAGCUGGCUCUUAUGGGGUCUUUGUCGCGUGAUAGGUAAGCAAUGUCAUCGGCAUAAGUCGCAACAGCCACAUCGGGGCUGGUGGGGAGAUCGGAUGCGAAGAUGUUAUAUAGAACUGGGCCUAUAACUGAUCCCUGUGGAACUCCAGCUUCGAUCUUAUACAGCUUAGAUCUUGCCUCACCCAACUUAACUUGUAAACGUCUUUCGGACAAAUAUGAUGCGAUGAUUGGGAAAAACCAAUGAGGAAGCUUGUCCUUCACCUUACUCAAUAGGCCUUUAUGCCAAACACGAUCAAAGGCCUGUUGUACAUCCAGAAAAACGGCUGAGGUGUAUUCCUUCUUCUCAAACCCUUGUCUUAUUGUAUGGUAAACACGAUGAACUUGCUCAACAGUUGAGUGCGAUUUCCUAAAUCCAAACUGAUGUGAAGGGACCAAGUCACAUUCAUCCAUUGCAGAUUUUAGCCUAAGUAGAAAAAGUCUUUCCCAUAAUUUUGACAAUACCGGUGUAAGGCUAAUAGGACGGUAUGACGAUGCUUCAUUUGCUGGUUUGCCUGGCUUGUGAAUGAGUAUGAUUUGAGAAAUUUUCCAUAAUUCGGGCACAUAGCAAUUUCUAAACACAGCGUUGAAGAGAUAUGUCAAGUAAAUAAUGGCCUUUCUGGGUAAUUCCUUAAGAACUUUUGGUGUGAUUAAAUCAAAACCAGGAGCCUUGUUUGUGUCUAAGGAUCUAAUUUCGUUUGCUACUUCCCUGGGAGAUACUGCUUUGAUCGGUAACGCCAUUUGAAAGUCUCUUUUAAGGUUAUUUUCUAUAUCUUCGUCAAUUGUUCCGUCGUUGGGUGUAAAGAUUUUUGAUAGAUGAAUCGCAAAUGCUUGAGCUUUUUCACUAUCUGUUCUUGCCCAGGACAAGUCGUGAGCUCUAAUGGGAGGAUUGUGUUUUUCGACUUGUCAAGGUUUUUUUGUCGCCUUCCAUAGAGAGUGUUCUCCUUGGUCAGCUGCAGAUAGUAGUAAUAUUUUUGAUCGCAGUUCCUCAUUUGCCGAAUCUCUGAGCAUUAACUUUUUUGCGGCUCGGUUAAAGUGAGUUUUGUCUGAUGGAUGGCGAGAUAAGUGCUUUCGACUUUUUCUUCGAUCUUGAGUUUGAUUUCAGUUGUUAGAACUUUAAGCUUGUCUUGUUGGUGUUUGACUAUCUCAGGUGAAUUGAUCCAACAGGCUGUUUGGCUGAGGUUAGUUAUACAUCUGCAGGCCUCGUCAACAUCAUCAGGGGUUUUUAAAGCAAGAUUUAAUUCUAUGUUUGUUUCCAAAAUAUGUGAAGUAAACGAGUGAUUAAUACAUGUCAAGAUACUAGGUUUGUUGUCUAUGCAGUGUAAAUAAAAAAAAUGUUUUAAACAUUCACAACUAUUUUACAAAUUUGUACAAAACUAGUUUAUGAUGUUUCUUGGCGAAAACAAGGGGUUACAGUAUUCAAGAUACAAUCUGCUGACAGAUAGGUGGGGGCAAGAUUGAGGCUUAUGGAGUUUAGAUGUUAUACCAUUUCAUCUGGCCCAAGGGCUGCCUGAAAUGAGCGGGGAGGAGUCCCACAUACCUUCUUCUCCCUCCCCUGGUGGCUGAAGGAUGCUUAAGGCAUUUCCCAGACAAAAAAAAGAUAUGUACCAAAACAUUACUUUAAAUUAAUAUGUUCUUUAUAAAUAAGCUUCGGUCAUAUUUAAAGUUCUUUGUAACAUUUCUAAUGAAUAGAUGUUUCAUGUUACUUUUUUUAGAAAGGCAAAAGUGUAAUCGUGGAUAGCACUAAUCCAGACUUGGAGUCUCGUUCAAGAUGGACAGCAUUGGCAAAACAGAUGGAUGUGCAGUGUAGAUGUGCCAAAUUGGCAACGACCAAGGCACAUUCACAGCAUAACAAUAAAUUCAGGGAGCUCAUGAAGAUCAACCACGUUCCUGUUAAUGACAUUGUCUUUCAUUCUUACAAUAAAAAAUUUAUUGAACCAACUUCAAAGGAAGGUUUUAAGGAGAUUAUUGAAGUCAAGUUCAAUCCAUGUUUCGAUGACAGUACAGGAGAAGAAUUAUAUAGAAUGUAUUUAUUGGAAAAAUAAGAUUAAGGAGGGUGAAGAAAACAAUAUUGUGAUAUAGUCAGCAUUUUUAAUAUUCCAGAUAGACUUGAAUAGAUGACAAAUGAUUUGUAGCAGUUUUAUUUAAGCAAUAAAUUUGUUGAAUUAAUA